AUGGCUCAUGCUACAGAUUGGUCACGCUACCAUCCAGCAGUCAUCCCGCUGAGUGCACUGGCCACGGGAUGUAUCGCAUACGCCCUCUACGCUUCAUACGCCGCCAAGCCGACAACGGCAUUGCACAGAAGCAACGCUGUCCACCGGCCGAGGCGUGACCGCCAGCUUCUCGUGAUCGAGCAUAGGAACUCGACGCCUGACUCUCCCCUGGGCACAAUGCUCAUCCGACGAGACGACCAUUUCAUCGAAUUCAACUUGGCCAAUUGCUGUAGUCGCUUCUUAUCAGAACAUUUUUCUGAGGCACAUCAGUACCUAUCGCAACAGACCGAGGUCUUUCGACAGACAUUCGGUAACGUAGCCAUGGAGAUGGUACUAUCUGCCUGUUCCUCUGCCACCCAGAAUGCCGAUUGCUGGAGUCAGCUCGAGAGCAUUGGAUUCGGCGACCUUUUGAGAGCGAUGAGCGUCCACGACGAGGACCAGGUUAGACUACACAGUCAUGGCAUCCGUGACGUCCUCGGGGUAGUAUGUGUCACCGGCUCGGCUUAUUUGACAACUGUUGCUGACAUGAAAUAGGGCGACAUCAGCGACGACCAGGUUCAGCAGGCUGUGGAAAAGUUCCUGGGAUCCGACAAGUGGAGGGGAGGCUCUUCAGAUAGCGAAGCGGCUGAUCCAGCGGAGACGGAGGAAAUUGACAUGCUAAGUGCUGCCAACAGAGAACCCAGUCAAGGACUACGAGGUCUGCUAUACUACAUUGCCGAAGAAGAUGCAAAGCGAAAGGCCUACGAGCAUCGAGGUAUACAUUGCGAAGAGUGUGGAGAAAUGCCCAUCCGAGGCGUACGUUGGCACUGCCUGAAUUGCCCAGACUACGACCUAUGCUCCUCAUGUGAGGCGCACACAGCGCACACCAACACGCAUGUGUUUGCCAAGAUCAGGAUUCCCGUCCCAAUCCUAUCACAGCCCGUGCAGGAAUACAAAUUGUGGUAUCCAGGCGACCCACGAAAGAUACACGGUCUGCUUGAUGCUUCUUUGAAAAGACGCCUAUGCAAGGAUCAUGGUUUCGAAGAUCCACAGUUGGAUGCUUUGUACGAUCAAUUCGUGUGCUUGGCCAACGUUCCUUGGCCGGCGGAUCCGUCGAGUGUAAAGGCAGCCAUUGACCGGCGAGCUUUUGAUAAGGCACUGACUUCCACGAAAUGGCCGCAAAGGUUCUCUGCCAAUUCUAUGUACGAUCGGAUGUUUGGCUUCUACGACACGGAUGGCAACGGUAUUAUCGAUUUUCCGGAGUUCGUAAGCGGAAUGGCCUACUUGAGGGGCCCCAACCGCUUCGCUUCUCUGCAAAGAGCUAUCCGUGGAUUCGACAUGGACGGCGACGGGUACGUCGAUCGAGCAGACUUUCUACGCCUUUUGAGAGCAAAAUUUGAUAUCCAGAAGCAACUCGUCAGCGAUAUGGUAGACGGACAAGCACCACAGAUCACACAAGGAGCGAUGGAGAGACUGAGGUCGAGUCAGCCAAUCAGCUCUUUGUUCUCAGACGAGGAGAUUCCGCCAGGUGAGGUAAGAUGGCCGCGUGGCAAGCAAGAGGAUGCUUUUGGCGAUCUUCAGCCACUCGAAGGAAUCAACAGUUUCCUAAAUGACGAGGAUCCUUGGCCUCGUGACAGGCUCAAGCGACAGCCAGCCCACGAACGGCUCCGUCAUCAUCUGUCGCGUUUUGAGGAGCUUCUUUUCAGUCCUUCGGAUCAGAGCACUGCUUCAAACGCCAUGGAUCAGUUGGACGGACUUGGCGACCCAUCUGACCGUGUGGAUGAAGAAUCGCCUGGCCAGGAAUUCAGCUUUAUGGAGAUGGUCACACGGACCCCAGUUCGAGAUGAUCCCAGUAUCGAUGAACCCUACGUGCGAGACCUCCUGUGGCAGCUCACCGAAGCCGGGCUUAAUGAGCUGCUGGACAAACUCUUCAUCCAAAGAGAACGGCAGGAUUAUGAGGCGACCAUGACUCAGCGCGAACGCCAGAGAUGGCGCAAGCAAAUUGAUGAGGAAGUAGAGAGAAGCCGAAAGCUUGGAGACCUUCGCCUUCCAAUCAGGCCACUGUCGUCUGAGUCUGACGACAGCUCAUCUCCAGCAUUCACGGAUGGAGUCGUUCCAACUGAUUGGGAGAGUCUAGAGCGGCGAGAGAAGGAAAUCCCAGACGCGCCUCUCGAGCAGCUUCUGCAUGCUAGUGGCUACGGGGUGCGCAACGAUGAGAACGCCACAUAUGAUUCGUCGUCCCCGCGGUCUUUGGACGCUGCUUCGCCCUCAGCUCAGACCGCCUCGAGGCCGCAAACCGCGCGAUCGCGGAGUACGAGGGCUACGAUCACUUCUCCUCUCCGAAAUUCUGUCUCAGCAGACGAGCCAUGGGAGGAGGCAGCGGAUCCUACCUUACCACAACACAAACCAAACGCCGAGCCUGCGGCCGGGAUCCAAGCUCCACAAGAGCCAAAUAGAACAUCGGCCCGGCCGAACUCGGCCACGAUGGCCUUCACAGCAGCACUAGAGCGGCCACCAAGUCCACAGCGAUUGGAAUACCUCGCUUCAAUGGAGAAGGUCCACCGCGAGGUAGAAUAUCGGGGCGGUCCCGGAAGACUGAGUUAUGAUGAGAUCGAAUCCGUCACCACUCUGGAGAGCAGAGGCGAACUACGAGGUCUCAUCAAAACAUGGCUAGAAUGGGCGACAUUCUGA